AUGACUUCUGUCCAGAUGUUCUUGUCGCUCCUGUUGGUGUUGUCCGCCACAUUUUACUGUGGCACCACCUCUACCAUAGAAGUUCUGAUGGACAAUGUGGUGGUCCUGAAAGUCCCUCAUGGUGAUUCCAGAAUACAUGUUCCUCUGACAUGUGGAGAGGCCCAUGAAGAUGGGUCUGUGUUCUGGAAGAAAGACGGUGAGGAGAUCAAGCCGGCCCUCCAGGGGAGGCAGGUGAACGUUGUGGUUCAUGAGCUGCAGGGAGGAAACUACAGCUGCCACCUGAGCUCAAACGGACACUACCUAAACCACACCGUGGUUCUGACACAACAGGACCCAGACAACAAGACGGUCAUCCUGGAAGAGGAACGCCCUGGAGAAGGUCACAUCCGCUGCUUAGCUCCAAACUACAACGGCUCAUUCCACUGCAAAUGGACCAGAAACAUGUACAGAACCAACGCUGAGGUGCUGCUGUUCAAAGCACAGCGUUUUUUAGAAACACUUCCUUGCCAAGUGGACUCUGAUGGAUCAGGACUUGUCUGCCAGGAUGCCGGCUGCCCGUAUCGUGAAGAGCAGCACCGCAUCUCCCUGGUGGUCUACAUGGUCAGCUCUUCCCUGCUGGAGGUCUACACCAGCACCUUCUACCUGAGGGACAUUGUGAGACCAGAACAACUUCCUGGUCUACGCACCCUUGAAGGCAAAGAGUUCCACUGGAGCUACCCUGAGUCCUGGCAGAGACCCUGCACCUUCUUCAGUCUGCGCUUCCAGGUCAAGGUGGUUCGCAUCGGCCUCCCAUGUGACUCGAACCAGCACAUUAUGAAUGAAGAGACGAAUAGAACCAGCUUCAAGGUGGACAUAAAAUCCAACAAGUUUGUGUUUUGUGUGCGCGCCCAGGACAAGUACACGCGUGGGCUCUGGAGCCUCUGGAGACAGUGCACGUGA